CACAUACCCACAGUACUGACGCGGCCCUCCCGGUCAGAAAUAGCCGUGAUUUCAGUCGCAAAAAAGCCCAAAACGCACGUAUUGUGUGGUUUACAAGCGCAGAACAGCCACGGCGUGAUCUUGUGUUAAAGGAGAGCGAGCACGCACCGCACACACGGGCGCAGAUGUGAGGGAAUAUACCUGCAGACUCCAGCUGCCAGCCACACAGAUGACAGAGCAAGAGGGAAGUCAUUUAGCCAGCUAACGUUAACCACCCGCAGCUAAACCCGACUAACAGGCAGGUAAAUGAGCGGCGAUCUGGACGGCAAAACAACAACCUGCAACUGGAGAAUCUGAACGAAGCCGGUCGUGCACCACUGAGAGUGUUUCGCUGACUGCACAGCCAUGAGGAGGGUGACAUUGCACUGUGCUGCCCGGCUCGUAAUCGCAGCGUUAUGGCUGUUGGUGGAAGUGUGUCGGGCUGAAAGCGGGGCCCAGAGCCUGGCUGAACGGGUCAUCUGGGCUGUAAACGCCGGUGGGGACACGCACACAGACGUGCACGGCAUUCAGUUUAAAAAAGAUCCACUGGAGGGAAAAGUAGGCAAAGCAUCAGACUAUGGUGUGCGUCUGCCUAUCCUGCGCUCCAGCCCGGAGGAUCAGAUUCUCUAUCAGACAGAGAGAUACAAUGAGGACACAUUCGGUUAUGAAGUGCCCAUCAGAGAAGAAGGAGACUACAUACUGGUCAUGAAAUAUGCUGAGGUUUACUUCGCUCAGUCUCAACAAAAGGUUUUUGAUGUGCGUUUAAACGGGCAUGUUGUGGUGAAAGAUCUGGACAUCUUUGACCGCGUGGGUCACAGCACAGCUCAUGAUGAAAUAGUGCCAUUCUCCAUAAAAAGAGGAAAACUGAGUGUGCACGGCGAAGUAUCCACUUUUAAUGGAAAGCUCACUGUAGAGUUUGUUAAGGGUUACUAUGACAACCCCAAGAUAUGUGCUCUAUAUGUGAUGAAGGGCAAACUAGAGGAUGUGCCAAAACUGCAGCCCCAUCCUGGCCUGGAAAAACGAGAGGAAGAGGAAGAAGAAGAAGAGGAGGGCGAGGGGCCAGAAGGUGAAAAGAAGAGUGCCUCAACCUCUCCAAAAAACCCAGUUCGGUCCGGCCCGCGAACCCCCAAUCCUUACGCCACUGACAACAGCAGCCUGAUGUUCCCUAUACUAGUGGCUUUUGGAGUCUUCAUCCCAACCCUCUUCUGCCUCUGCCGCCUGUGAGGGGGAACAAGUGAACGUGAGGGUGGAAGGAAGGACAUCAGGCUGUGGAGGGGUGGGGGGUUUGACGCACAGCCGCGGGACAGGCACAAAAAACAGACUGACGUUAUAACAGAUAGAAGACAGACAGACAGACAGAGAGAAAGAGCAAAAGACGAGUGAGAGACCUGCAGAAACAAGGAGGUUUCAGGUAUUGCUAGUUAUUGAAAGAAGAGACCCAGAAAAUGUAAGGAUUUGGAGGGAGAGUUCAUUUCGUGUGUGUGUUUAGUGAUUGUGUUUGUACACAUUUAUUUAGUUUGAGGAGAUCUGAGAGGUACCGAUUGAAAUGCGCGCGCGUAAACGCACACACAGGAAUAACCGCUUUUUAAACCUGGUUUGUCUGGUCUG